AGAGAGAGAGAGAGAGAGAGAGAGAGAGGAGGGAAUGAGGAAGGGAAGAGCACCUUGUUGUGACAAGACCAAAGUGAAGAGAGGUCCAUGGAGCCCAGAAGAAGACUUGAAACUCAUCUCUUUCAUUCAAAAGUUUGGUCAUGAGAACUGGAGAUCUCUCCCUAAACAAUCUGGUCUACUAAGAUGUGGAAAGAGUUGUCGUCUAAGGUGGAUCAACUACCUUAGACCAGAUGUGAAGCGAGGCAACUUCACUGCAGAGGAGGAGGAAACAAUCAUCAAGCUUCACCAAAACUAUGGAAACAAGUGGUCGAAAAUAGCUUCUCAACUUCCAGGAAGAACAGAUAACGAGAUCAAGAAUGUGUGGCAUACCCAUCUAAAGAAAAGACUUGUUCAGAGCUCAGCAACCACACCAUGUUCAAGUGAUUCUGUUUCUUGUGGGAAAGAAGAUAAGUCUCACGCAGAAGGUUGUUUGAACACAAAGACCUCUCAAGACUCUACUACUUCAGUGUCUUCUGGUGGUUCCAACAAUUUAAACCAGGAAGCUGAUCCAAAGAUAGGCCUCUUGUUUGGAUACAGCGAGUUUAAGGACAUUAUUCAAGAGGUAGACAAACCACAUCUACUAGAGAUCCCUUUUGACUCAGAUCCUGACAUAUGGAGUUUCUUAGAUACUUCAACAAACUCACUUCAACAAUCUGGUGCAAAUGAGUUCAGAGCAGAAGAAGAGUCUGAUGAAGAAGAAGUCAAGAAGUGGUUCAAGCACCUGGAAAGCGAACUAGAGUUAGGAGAAGCUGAUAAUCAACAGGGUAAACAUGGAACACCAGACGAAGCAUCAUCAUCAUCAUCAUCACUUUUGAAGACCUUCAUGAUACAUUAACAAAUCCAAAUUAUGAUUUUACUACAUGGUUUAAGGCGUAUUCUUAAGUUAUUAUUCUGGAUAUCAGUACUUGAAGAAAGUUAGAUAAUAUAGAAAAUGUAUCUUAUAGUUGACUUCUUGGCAUUUUCAAGUGUGUAGAUGAUACAGAUAUAGCUAAAUGAUCAAACUAUAUACUAUACUAACGCUCUAAGACUAAAUCAUAUUCAAGAUGAUGCUUAACAUUGAAA